GGCGACAAGCCGAGACUCAAAUCAAUUCUACAAUGCUUCUGCAUCUUCAACUUGGGUAUUCCCUUCUAAAGUUAGACAAUUAUGGUUGGGUGGGUGUAAUGAGCUAAGACGGAAAGUAUAUCUUCACUCAACAGCCUUCAACCAACCAUAUAGUAUAUCGUUUCAUCUUCACACUGUCGAUAUGGCCUGACAAAGCAACUCAACCUGGCGUAUCAAUACUACACAUUGCCUAUUCUUUAAGGUUUUGCCCUCAUAUCCCGCCUUGGGUGAAUAUCUAGAAAACUUUCGAUCGAGUGAUAUUACGACAUAUACUCUUGAUAUUCACUGCAUCAGUAGCGUCACAGACUGCUUAAGGGAUUCUUUCAGCACGGCUUCUUUCCAUCAAUUCUCUUAUUCAUCUCGGCGCUCUCCUCCGAACCUCAUCCCAUCUACUACAAAAAUCAUGGCAGAAGUGACUGAAUCUCCAGAUGCGACCUCGACCGACACUGUCAUGGACGAUGGUAUUCAAUUUCAACUUCCCACCUUCCACCAUAAUCCUCGCAUCCACCUAGAACGUCUCGCAGUAUUCCUCGCAUUCCGAGAAGGUUUUGCGCACACAGCGCCGGCAACGAGAAAUUCGUUUCUCGGCAACAAAAAGAAAUUUGUCGACAGGAGACGCGAAUUCUUCGAGUACCUGAUUGGCAAGCCAGAGGUUUCAUCGCGGCUGCAUCGCAUGAAAAAGAAGAGGGUUCUCGCAGCUGCUGAGGUUUUGUUCGGGCUUGGUCAUCUCGCGCCAGAUUCGACUAUGAAUAAACGUUUUGCGCAUCUCUCUGCUGAACAGAUCCGGAGUGUCGAGUGGAGGGCUUCGGUUUCUCUCCCUCCGUUGAAACAGGAGAUAGGAGGAAUGGUGGACUUGGGACCUAUAUCCACGAGGACAAGAUCGAAUUGUGAGGGCUGUCGAAAAUUGAAGUUGAUGCGUGAUGAAUCACAACUCUGUGAUAAGAUGGAAAGAAUGUGUUUAUGUGUUGAGGGACGCACAGCAACUUUAAAUGGAGGAAAUCGUGGCGCAGACUCGAAGGGAAAUGAUGAUGAUGAUGAUGAAGUGCAUAUGAUUUAGCGUGCAAUCUUUACUGUGCGAAUGUAUAUGCUGAUGCCAGCUUCCGAUGUAUUUAUGCCUUCAUAUUACAAUAAGAUGCCGUGCUUUGCUUUCUCUA